AUGAGACGAUCUGUAGCACCAAGCCAGUUCCAGGGGAAUUCCUUCAAAAAACCAAAAUUCGUGCCUCCAGGGAGAAGUGCUUCAAGUCUGAAUGAAGAGACUACAAAACGGAAUCCAGAUAUAAAAUUAUUUCAGGGUAUUGCAAAUAAUGCCUUUCUCCAGUCACAAAAUGAUCCUGGAAUAUGCAGUUCAAAUCUUUUGCCUACUGAAGGAAGUACUCGUGAAAUUAAUCAUGGGGAUAAAUACAGCAGUAAAUAUUGUUUAGAAGCAUCUGCAGUGACAUUAGACCCACUUCUUGCAGUUCAUUCUGCCUCUAAAGAAGUAACAGAGUCCAAGGAACAAGAAGAGAAACCUGAUAGCCUAGUAAAAUACUUCAGUGUUGUUUGGUGUAAGGCUUCAAAGAAAAAGCACAAAAAGUGGGAAGGUGAUGCUAUUCUUGUUGUUAAAGGAAUGUCAUUUACAUUAAAGGAUUUGGAAGGCAAAGACAUUGGAAGAGGCAUUGGAUAUAAAUUCAGAGAGUUUGAAAAGAUAGAAGAGGGCCAGACACUGAUGAUUGGUGGAAAAGAAAUAGAAAUCAUGGGCGUAAUCUCUUCAGAUGACUUCAACAGUGGAAGGUGUUUUCAGCUUGGAAGAGGAAGUCCUGCUACCCCAAGUUUUUCUCAGGCUGCCAGGAAGUGUUUUUCUAAACCUUUCAAAAGUGUUUGUAAACUGAAUUCCAAGGAAAAUAGACAGAAUGAUUUCCAAAGUUGUAAACCACGCCAUGACCCAUAUACACCAAAUUCACUGGUUAUGCCACGACCAGACAAGAAUCAUCAGUGGAUGUUCAAUAAGAACUGUUUCUCUCUUGUGGAUGUAGUGAUAGACCCUCAUCUUGUGCAUCACCUUCGACCACAUCAGAAAGAAGGAAUCAUAUUCCUUUAUGAGUGUGUAAUGGGAAUGAGGAUGAACGGCAGAUAUGGAGCUAUUCUUGCUGAUGAAAUGGGUUUAGGGAAAACAUUGCAGUGUAUUUCACUCAUCUGGACCCUCCAGUGUCAGGGACCCUAUGGAGGCAAGCCAGUAAUAAAGAAGACACUUAUUGUCACACCUGGAAGCUUGGUGAAUAAUUGGAGGAAAGAAUUUAAAAAAUGGCUAGGAAAUGAAAGGAUCAAGAUAUUUACUGUUGAUCAGGACCACAAAGUUGAAGAAUUCAUCAAAUCUACAUUUUAUCCUGUUCUUAUCAUCAGUUAUGAAAUGUUUCUUCGUUCCCUGGAUCAAAUUAAGAAUAUAAAAUUUGAUCUUCUAAUCUGUGAUGAGGGGCAUCGUUUGAAGAACAGUACCAUUAAGACAACUACAGCCCUCAUCAGCCUCUCUUGUGAGAAAAGAGUAAUUCUAACUGGUACUCCAAUUCAGAAUGAUCUACAAGAGUUUUUUGCAUUAAUUGAUUUUGUUAAUCCAGGAAUAUUAGGCUCUUUGUCAUCUUAUAGGAAAAUAUAUGAAGAACCGAUCAUUAUGUCAAGAGAACCUUCUUCUUCUGAGGAAGAAAAAAAGUUAGGAGAGAGAAGAGCAGCUGAACUUACUUGCCUCACUGGACUUUUUAUUCUUAGACGAACCCAGGAAGUCAUAAAUAAAUACCUUCCACCUAAAAUAGAGACUGUAGUCUUUUGCCGACCAGGAGCACUACAGAUUGAACUUCAUCAAAAGCUGUUGAAUUCUCAGGCUGUCAGGUUCUGCCUUCAGGGGCUGUUGGAAAAUAGUGCUCAUCUACUCUGUAUAGGAGCUCUUAAAAAACUGUGCAAUCACCCCUGCCUUUUGUUCAGCUCAGUGAAGGAUAAAGAAUGUAGCUCAACUGGUGAUGAAAAUGGAGAAAGGAAUCUGUACCAAGGCUUGCUAAAUGUGUUCCCUGCUGAUUACAACCCUCUCCUGUUUACUGAGAAUGAGUCAGGAAAACUACAGGUGCUGUCAAAGCUCUUAGCAGUUAUCCACGAACUUCGUCCCACUGAAAAGGUGGUUUUGGUAUCCAACUACACACAAACCUUGAAUAUUUUACAAGAAGUAUGCCAGCGCCAUGGAUAUGCUUAUGUAAGACUUGAUGGGCAAACACCAAUCUCUCAAAGGCAGCACAUUGUGGAUGGCUUCAAUAGCAAAUAUUCUUCUGAUUUUGUUUUUUUGUUAAGUUCAAAAGCUGGUGGUAUAGGACUAAACCUCAUUGGAGGAUCUCACUUAAUUCUCUAUGACAUUGACUGGAAUCCAGCCACUGAUAUCCAGGCUAUGUCUAGAGUAUGGAGAGAUGGUCAGAAAUAUCCUGUCCAUAUUUACAGACUCCUCACCACAGGUACAAUAGAAGAAAAGAUCUAUCAAAGGCAGAUCAGUAAGCAAGGUCUUUCUGGGACAGUUGUAGACCUAACCAAGGCAUCUGAACAUAUUCAGUUUUCAGUAGAGGAACUUAAAAAUUUAUUCACAUUUCAUGAAAGUUCACAUUGUGUUACUCAUGACCUGCUUGACUGUGAGUGUACGGGAGAAAUAGAUCACGCAGAUGAUUCUUUGGAAAAGUCUGCCAUCUCUAGACAUUGUCAACUUGGUCCACAUCACCAGAAGUCUGAUUCCCUGAAACCUCUUUCCAUGUCACAGCUGAAACAAUGGAAACAUUUUUCUGGAGAUAAUUUAAAUCUUACAGAUCCUUUUCUUAAAAGAAUAAGAGAUAAUGUGUCAUUCUUUUUUCAGAAUAUAACCAAUCCAUCUACUGCUUGA